AUGCCUAACUCACUCGCCGUCGCCAAGCGGGCUCUUCGACACACGCCUCCAGCCUACCACCUUAAAGCCCCACACGGAUGGAUCAAUGACCCGUGUGCACCAGGAUAUGAUGCUGUGACCGGUACCUACCACCUAUUUUACCAAUGGAAUCCGGAAUCGUGUGACUGGGGCAACAUCGCAUGGGGACACUUCACUAGCCGAGAUGGAAUCUUUUGGGAGCAAAACGGCGAUGAAGCCAAGCUCAAACCCGACAAUCCGUACGACAAAGAAGGCGUCUUCACCGGUUGCUUUUGUCCCACAGGCCUUUACGGAGAAGAAGGGCAGCUAAGCGUCAUUUACACAUCUGCGUUGAGGCUUCCUAUACACUGGACAAAGCCAUACUCCCGAAACGCUGGACUGUCAGUGGCCGUGUCCAAAGACGGUGGCCGAGAGUGGGAAAAGAGCGACCUUAAUCCGAUCUUGUGUGGCGAGCCCGAAGACCUUGUCGUCACAGGCUUCCGCGACCCCUUCCUCGCUGAGUGGCCCGCUUUGGACGACAUACGAGGCGAGAAGAGCCUCUAUGGCCUUGUGUCGGGAGGAGUGCUGGACCAAGGGCCUACCGUAUUCAUUUACGCGGUAUCGCCGGAUAACUUGACCAAGUGGAACUACCUGGGACAGUUCGUUGACAUGCCUGUUGGAUACCGCCCACCAGGACGGUGGAGUGCAAAUUUCGGUGUCAACUGGGAGUGUGCCAACUUCAUGACUCUCGGCCAUGGCUCAGAGUUGGGACAUUUCUUGAUAUUGGGCUCAGAAGGCAAACUAGAUGCGGAAUGCGUCAACGACGACGAGGACGAUAACUGGGUACAGCCGUUGUGGUUGGCUGGCUCCCUGGAAAACAAUCCGACAGGGCCUAAGCUAAAACACGAGUACAGCGGUAUGUUUGAUUAUGGAUGUUUCUAUGCGCCAAACUCAUAUGAGCAUCCUGAGACAAAGAAAAGGGUGCUUUGGGGUUGGCUCAAAGAGGAUGAGCUAUCCUUGGCUCGACGCGAAUCCAAGGGUUGGACUGGACACAUGUCACUGCCGCGGGAGAUAUUUUUGUUCACUGCCAAAAAUGUAACUGGGACAUUGAAGACGCCUUUGGAAGAUAUCCACUCUAUCAAAGUGUUGGAUAUCAACCCAACAGGGAGGAAAACAAAGAGCGUGCAGACAUUGGGUAUCCGGCCAUUAUCUGAUCUUCAGAGACUCAGGCCAGCUAAACACACUCAUUGGUCGCAUAUUGGAGAAAACAGCGACUCUGGGAAACUUGCAGAGAAUGCGUCCCCCAGCUGGGAGUUGGAGGCCGUCAUCAACGUCCAACGGGACCAAGGCCGCGCGGGCUUCUUUAUCCGGCACAACGACGACCUGACCCAGCGAACAAGCAUCUUCUUCUCGGCCCAAGACGAAGAGAUUGUGGUUGACAGAAGUCAGUCAAACCGCGAAGCAGAUGUGAAAAAGAACGAGGUUAGCGGGCCGUUUACACUGUUCCGCUUCGACGACGAGGGUGCGGAAGUGUUGGAGAAACUGAGGCUCCGAAUCUUUUGUGAUGGCGAUGUGCUCGAAGUCUUUGCCAAUGAUCGAUUUGCGCUUUCAACGAUGGUAUAUUCAGAUGUGCCGCUGAGUUCCGGCAUCAGCUGGUUUGUGGAAGGGCAAGGCUCAACUCCAAUAGUGUUUGAGUCUAUCAAGCUAUGGGACAACCUUGCCAAUGUGAUGGCAUCUCCUCUCUCUUAG